AUGUAUCAAUCCCAGAACCCAGCCCGACGUAAUUCUUCUGAGCCUUACACAAUUUUCACGUCGAGGGAAAAAGCGGUGAUUAUCACUAUUGUUUCACUCACGGCCACUCUCUCGGGCUUCGCAUCCAAUAUUUACUUUCCUGCCCUUCCGCAGGUCGCUAAAGACCUCUCGGUCUCCCCCACCCUUGUCAACCUCACGGUUACAUGCUACCUGAUCUUCCAGGGACUGUCACCUACUAUAUGGGGAUCCUUCGCCGACACCAAAGGCCGCCGCAUCACAUAUUGCUGCACCCUCGCUGUCUUCCUUGGAGCAUGCAUAAGCCUGGCGGAAACCUGGGACUAUGCACAAUUACUCGUCCUUCGCUGCGUCCAGAGCACUGGAAGUGCCAGCACAAUUGCUCUAGGGGCUGGAGUGAUCGGAGACAUCACAACACGCGAGGAUAGGGGAUCGUACAUGGGUUUCUUCCAGGGCGGCCUGCUCAUACCCGUUGCCAUUGGCCCUGUCGUUGGUGGCCUGCUCGCGGACAAGCUCGGUUGGAGGUCCGUCUUCUGGUUCUUGACCAUCUACGGAGGAGCUUGCCUCAUCAUCGUUGUGCUGAUUCUGCCCGAGACCUUGCGGUCGAUGGUGGGAAAUGGUUCGGAAGAGCCGGCGUGCUAUGCGAAGUCUCUUCUCUCAAUCGUUCAAAAGAAGCGUCACCAGACGGACGCUUCAGUCGAGGCACAGGACGACUACCCCAAUGCUCACAAAAGGGUCGACCUUCUAGGACCAAUGAGGAUCCUGUCCCAUGGCAAGACCUUCUGCGCCAUCGUAUAUGUUGCUGUUCACUACACAGUAUGGCAGAUGGUGCUCACUGCCUUGCCAGUGCUCGUCCAAGACACAUAUCAUGCUUCAGAAACCCAGAUUGGACUGAUUUUCCUUGCCAAUGGCGCAGGCUCGAUGAUUGGCACCCUCCUGACAGGAAAAUUCCUCGACCACGAUUACAGGAAGAUGAUGUCCCAAUCUGACGGCGCUGAGCAACCCCUAUCCAUUGAGAAAGCUCGGCUGAGAACCGUCUGGAUUUGGACCGCAUUGGAAUGUGCAUCGGUAUUGGUCUUUGGAUGGACGGUUGAUCAGGGUGUUCACAUUUCCGUACCGGUUGUCAGUCUCUUUGUACUUGGCUGGGCCGCUAUCUCUCUUCAAAGCAUGGUUUCGACCUACCUUGUCGACAUACACCACACCCAGAGUGCCUCGGCAAUGGCAUCUCUGAACCUUGUCAGAUGCUUACUGGCUGCCGGAGGAACAGCUGUGGUAGGGCCUCUGCUCAACAGUACGCAUGCUGGUUGGACUUUCACCUUGCUGACGGGAGUCAUGAUGAUGGUUGGAGCUCUUGUUCUCUUCACCCUCUUCUUCGGGCACAAAUGGAGCCGCCGCGAUGGGCAAGAGGGUAAGGUGGUUGAUAUGGAAGCGAAGGCCACAAUUAGGCCAUAG